GGGCGUUCAAGGUCGUGUUAGGAAAAGCGCGGUCGAGUUUAGGAUUUAUUUUAGAGUACAUCCAACUAUGGAGUAAGAAUAACAGAUGCUUGAUAUUAGACUUUAGCUCACCUGAUAUUAGUUGGGUAUGGAUUUCCUACGUAGGAUCUGACGAGUCCUUCGAUAUUCGGCUCCUGAUGACUGAUGGAUACUUCAUUACAGUAUGUAUUCGAACACACACAUCUUGUUUUAAACCCAGGAUCUUCCUUAGACUGAAUUAUCACUCAUGCGGCCGAGGAUAUUGCCUAUUUAAAUGUUCUCACUCUGUUUGCAAUGGUGGCCAUGCUGUCUCAUUUAUGUUUAGAGGUUGUAACGUAAGCAUGGUCUAUAUUUAAAAGUACGGUUAGUUUAGUUACGUCCACCAUGGAUAACCGAAUGGGUCAUGAAACUCAAACUUAGGAAAAAGCUGCGAAGUAUGUUUAUCUCUUCAGGUUCUGAACAGUACAAAACCAUUUAUUGUAAAACUAGGGACGCUCGCGAAGCGUCGACAGGUAAGGCUAGACAUCCAUAUGAAAAACAGUCGGGUAAAGGUUGUGAAAAUGGCCUGUAAAGGUUAUUGUCGUACAUAAAUAGGCAAACUUGGAGAAGUAAUAAAGACUAGCACUUUUGAUACAAUGAAAUCCGUCAAUAUUGGCAAGAAAUGAUGUUGCAAAAGCUGAAGCCUUAUCAGAAUAUUUUAGUAAUGUGUUUUCUACCGACGAUGGUAAAAGACCAACAAUAAGUUGUGAUAGUGUUAGUUUGUCGAUGGAUCUUGUGGUUACUGAUGAAAAACUACUUCAGCAUGUGGAACCAGAUAAGUCAUGUCUUCAGUCUUCAGUAAUAAGGAUAGUAGGUUGAUGAACCUGUGUUGAUCCUGACACAUUGUUUUCCAGUGAAGGUCCAGCUUUUCCUUGAAAGUAUUCACUGAUGGGGCUGAUACCACUUGUUCGGGUAAGGCGUUCCAAUCAUUGACUACUCGAUUAGAAAAACGGGACCCCACUUUAAGUUUAUUAGAUCGUGGCUUAUGAACCUUCUUGCUAUGACCUCGGAGAUUAUUAGUGCUGGAGGGAGCAAAAAUAUAAGACCCGUUAGUCUGGCCAGUGUUGUCAAACUAAUAGGAAAGAUUAUUCAGGUGGCCAUUUUAGACUAUGUGAAAGGGUACACUCUUUUAUUUAGGCAACAACAUCGUUUUGAGAAAGGCCUAUCAUGCUUAACGGUACUGCUUAUUGCAACAGAAGAUUGGGCUGCAGCUAAAGAUGGGAAUAUUCCUGUAGAUGUGAUUUCCAUAGAUCCAAGUAGAGCCUUUGACAAAGUCGUCUGGGGGCUAUGUCAACGUGGCGAUUUGUAAGAAAUGGAGUCCUUGCUUCAAGUAUGAGACAAAUAUUCUAGAAGGAGUUCAACGGCGAGGGAACAUAAUGGUAAAAGGUAUCUUUAGUCUAUCUUAUGAAGACCGACUACGACGUCCCAGCUUAUUUCCGUCAUCUUGCCGCAGGUUACAGGGUGAUCUACUACUGACCUAUCGUAUAUUAAAUGAUGACCUCGGUUCUAACAUGACUUAUCUUUUCUUCCCGUUUAGGAUAGAUCACCUGAGAGGACAUUAUAAAGAAGUUCAAAAACCGCGAUAAAAUACUUUACAUCUGCAACUCCUUUUUCACACAGUAGUGAAUUACUGGAAUUCUCUACCAGAACACGUAAUAUCAAUAUCUUCUGUUCAUUCAUUCAAAGCGAAGUCCAACCUCCACAGCGUUACAAAUUGCAAGGAUUAAUAUAAGUCAAUAGACCUGUCUUUACUACUGAAGACUGAAUUUACUAAGUAUGAUCUAAAAAUGGAGUACAUUGACAAACUCCCGGAUGAGCUUUGCUGCAAGCCUAAACCUCUCAUCGUAUUUUCCGGUUUGGAUACGGAAAGAAAUCAAGUCCAUCGGUCUAUUUGGAGAGCCUUCAAUACUAGUAAAAGCCAUGACCGAGAUUCAUUUAAAUUUCGCUGCAAAUCAGUCGACCACCAGUUUCCAAAGCCGAAGUACAAGCAACUGGCUUCAUAUGAAUGGCUUAUGCCAAAAGGCAUACUCAAAACUGGUUGGAUGAAAAAACAUCUUGAAGAAAUACCUGCAUUCGUUGCUUUAUUUUACGAUCUAGAUUGGGACGAACCACAGUGGGGAGAAAGGUCAACUGAAUGCGCUCAAAUGGUGGCAACUGUUCGAUCAAAACUUGCUGGUCGCGAAAGUAAAUUAGUGGUCAUUCUUAUACAGAAACGUGCCCCCUUACCUUUGGGUGAAGAUCUUAAUGCCAUGGAUCGAGCUCAAUCUCUUUGUAAUAAGUGUGAUCUUCCCGGAAAGAAUUUGUUUGUUUUGUCGCAUACAAACUUACUUUAUGGAUGCAUUACAAGAUUAGAAGAUGAAUUUCGUGAUAUGGCAGCUAACUACUACCAUAAUCAAGCUAAAAAAGUGAAAGCUCACAAGGAUUCACUCAACAAAACUAGUCACCAGUUAUUGUUUGUUCGUCACGAGUUCAAAAUUGCUUUCUAUGCUGAAUUAAAACAAGAUCCAGGAUUAGCGCUGAAACAUUAUCAACAGGCAUAUAAUCAUUUAACAGAAUUGAGAAUGUUAGAUGCUCAUUUGCUGGAGGUGAAAACAGUAGCUGGAUUUAUUAACUACAAGGUAAUUAAUAACUGUUAACCAUUGUAUUUUUGGAUAAUUUUCUGAAUCUAAAAGAAAUUGUAGUCUCUGGCAUCUCAUUGAUAGCAUAUAAAUGUAAUCGGAAUCUUGAAGAUUAACCUCAUAUGUAUCUUACAUAUGUUGUUUCAUGUUUUGCCAUGAAACACCAAAUAUGCUUAUUAUAUCUCAUCAGUUGUUUUGGUGAUGGUCAUAUCUGACACUAUACUAAAAUCUAUCAUACAUCUGUGUAGUCUCCUUGAUCACAAUUCGAUAUGAAGACAUUUUUCUGAUAGAAACUUCAAUUGCUUGAACAACUUGGAUUUGCUUAUACUCAGACCCACUGGGGUUUACUUAAGUUACUUUAGAUAAUGCGAUAAGAAGUUUAUCAUAAUUAUGUGAUACAUUUACUUUGAAUUUUAAGUAAUCGGUCAUUAGCAAUUUAGAACCUGGCAUAAAAUGUAUGGCUGCCCAAGUUGUGGCUCAACAUUAACAUAGCAAAGUCAAAUAAUCGUAACGAAUACUAAAUAGGUGGUAGUAUAAUUGAUAUUUUAAUAGUUACGCAUAGAUAAUGAAUAAAUUUCAGGAAUACAACGCGUAUGAUAAUUUCUAAAUGUGGUAUCUAAGGCUGAACAAAUAGUAAAUGGAUCUGCGCCAUUACGACAAAUUCUGAGACAUAUCACCCAACGUCUCCAUGUAUUGGUCGCAGUGAUCGCGUGGACCCCAACCAAGAAGUCUGCACUUACUGACAUUCUCAGUAGUCAGUGGUUCCAUUAACUGAUGCUAUAUCUUGGUUCAGCUUUCCAUAGCUUUCUUGUAAUCGCCUGCAUCAUUUAUUACCUCUAGCCCGAGGUACGUGGCAAUCGAAUAAACACAAUUCAUGUACCAACCACCUAUGAAGAUUCAUUGCUUCAUCAACUGAUUUGCCAUCAUUACAUAGUACCGUACGUCACUUUAAGACUACUCACCCGGUGGUACCUAUAUAUUUGAAGGCAUCUAUACUUUCAGCCAAUAUAUAUAUAUAUAUAUAUAUAUAUAUACUUGCAACGAAUGUCUUCCACGUUUUAGUCAAAAAGUAAAACAGGAGAAUGCUUCAUAGAGUACUCAUUAUUUCGUCAGUAAACAUCUCGCUUACGGCACAAGUGACAGGAGUCCAUAAAAACCAAACAAACUUUCUAAAUCCAUCCCGAUAUUUUGUCACAUAACAACCUAUCAAGAUGAUGGAACUUCGUAGAUAAGUAAAAUGAUCGACGCUAUAAACCACUUUAUUCCCCAUCAUUAUUCUAAGUGUUGAUGCAAACCAAUCUUGAAGGAACAUUUUUCAUUUUUAGGGGAGGGAAUACAUCUCAAAUAUACCUACAUUGACUCACGAGAAUCAUUAGAUGCCUCAUUUGGUCAAUCUUCACCAAAUAGUAGUAUACCACCUACGUGCUCCAAGUUGAUAAAUGAAUCUCCUGGUAGAUAGCUAAUUCCUGAAAAGUCUAUGAUGGGAGAUUAGGUAGCCACUCAUGGUAACGGUUCACCAUAAACUCUGUCUCGACUAAUAGUGUCCAAAUAAAGAACCUUCACAUGGUUUAUGCACUUCUGUGGUACACCUUUUAGUGAAUAACGUCAAAGAAAUCACGAGUCUACGAAGUUGUAUACUACUUUUUAUUAAAGAAAUACCACUAUUGUCCGGUAAACUUCCAUCGGAAACAAUAACUUCGGGUGAUGUUUCUCAGGGUCGUUCGCUUUCUUCAUUUCCAUUUAACUUUGUCGUUAACAACCUUUUAGAAAUAACACUCACAUCUUCUGAAUUUUCAGAGGUUGGUCUUCUGCCGGAAGGUUCACUUUACUUAGAAUACACAGAUGAUGUAGUUCUGUUUAGUGAAAACGCUGACGAAAUCUAGCCUUCUGACCACCUUUAGUAAUAAUGCAUGCAUGAUCAGGAUGCGAUUCUUUCACUCCAAAUAAAGUGUUGCCUUAGGAUUGGUCUGCGUCAAAGUCUGAAUCACUGAUAGAAAGUGGAGUAGUUGGACGCAUCGGCCGCUCCAUUCGUCUUGGGAGUCACAUCAUUCCUGAUGAGCUGUUUUUUUGACGAAAUCUCAAUACGCAAUCAGAAAGCUCGACUGGCUUUUGCCGAAUUGCGUCACUUGUGGCGUAGGUGAGAUAUCCGUCUACCAACCAGAAGACGAGUUUACUGUGCAGCAGGUCUCUCUGUCCUACUUUAUGAAUGUGAAAAGUGGCCAUUAAGAAUAGAGGAUAUUUGAAAGCUUCUAGUAUUCAAAGCAUUGGUCGUAUAUUUUCGGACCACCGAGUAAUCAGUGUUUGAGUUAAGGAUAGGGUACUAGAUAAAGAUAAGAACUCAGCUGAUGAGGUAGCAAGUUUCCACCAGCUGAUGUUGUUGGAACAUGUGUUUUGUCUGUUCAACCAUCACCUAACUCGAUGGGAAAUAUUGCCUGAUGCAGGAAUAGGCUGGAAGAAAGUUAUGGGCGUCCAAACUAAAGCACAGCAUUAAUCCAUAAAGUCAUUGACAACUAGACUAAACCAUGUUAAUUGUUGUAGACUACCUGGUUGGGGUCUGUGUGAUUACCGUAACCAAUGUUUAAAGACUUUGACUGACAUGUCUCAAAAUGGUUUUCAAUGACCCAAGUGUACCCACUCUUUGUCUUUCUUAGAUCCUAAGCUUCUAAAGUUUUGACUUUUUUCAUAUUUCACCAAUUUAAAUCUCAAAUUGUAUCUUUGAUGGUUAAACUUUCCUAAUACCAUUACUACUGUUGUUAACUCUACUUUCCUGGUAUUUUGCCUGACAGUUUCAUCUCUCUAUGCUGAUAGGAUAUAAGAAAUCUAAACCGAUGUAUAUACGUACUAGAUUUUCCGCUGCGACUGACUCGUUAAUUAUCCCGAUGUUUCGAAACGAAGGAUAAAUACUAAUCGAUAUAUCCACAUACAAGUUUUGAGGCAACCUGGUUUUCUAGUGUUUUCCGUUCUGAUAAUUAUGAUGCUGAUAUUUUAGAAAUUAUGUUGGUCGAACUAACUCCUAAAUUUACUACAAGAGAAUUUCUACUCUUGUUUAUAAAAUGUACGACCAGUGAUUGGUACCAUCCAGAUAGAACUGUGUCCAGCUGGUAUUCUUAGUUUCUCUAUGAUUAUAGCAUUUGAGUUUUAAUUAUUAGUUCUAAUUUCUGAACCUUGCUUUACCUCUUUUGGCAGCCAAGUAUUGUCACCAGUCCUUCUACAAAAGUGUAACUAAAAGUUGACUAUAUGAAGCUGUACUUGGUUAGAGUUGUCUUGGAAUUUGUCGCAUUAUCUUUUUACCUAGGCCACCGACACUUUUUGUCUCUUUACAUGACGUUAUCAACAACUCUGACUAUAUAUCAUUUUCGUUUAGAUAUGCCGCCUGUCUUUUCAAAAUAAUGCAUCUGAUGCGAUAUCACAAUUUCGAAGACAUAUUAAUUUUUUUGCUAAUCUCGUCGGAUUACCACAGUUAGCUUUUGAGCAUGAAGCAUGGAUGUCAAAGCAGUAAGUGAUAUGUUGCAUUAUUUUAUUUCCGUGUUGCAUAAAAUGUGAAGUAGUGAUCAUUUACUGAAAGGAGUGAUAUUCAUUUUUGUUCCAUACAUAGUUCAAUAGUUUAUCUCUAUUAAUACGUCUUGUAAAUUUCUUAGGUUUGAAAUUCUUGGAGAUCUUUUCCAAGAAGCUAUCAAAUCUAGUCUCACUCCCCUUAUAACCCAACAUCCUGGAUUAUAUUACCAAGAAGCAUCUAGACAUGCUGUUUGCCGUCGUCAGUUAUGUCAAGCUUUAUGCAUCCCUACUGUUAAAGCUGCUGAAAUGAAUGCAGAUGACAGAUUAUACUAUCCUUUGCCGACAGAAUCUAAUGAACCCACUGUUGGAAUUGACGCCGCUUUCGCUACAGACAGCGGUCUAUUUGCCGAAGAAAGUGAAUCUUCACCUCAUUUACCAAAUCAUUCUUUAGAAUGUUCCAGAUCAAAACGUACAGCAAUCAACACCGCUGUAGAGUUCGUUCGAGCUCAGUCACCUCUUUUGUUUAAAAAACAAAUUUUUACAGCGGACAGUCCAAACUUAUCAGGCUAUCAUUCACCCAGUCAGGUACCUGCAGCAGAUUGUUUGUCAGCUACAGAGAAAAUAAACGGUCUUGAAUUUUACGGUCAGCGACCUUGGCGCCAAGGUAUUCAAAGUAUUGAACCACCAAAUCCAACAAAAGAACGAGAAGGGAUCUUAAGUUUGCAAAAAGAAGAACUCAAAGUAGAUCAUUCUGUAAGUUUUGUUAUUUGUAGUAUGUUUUCAGUCAACCCAAUUAAUUAGUCCUAUAUUAUGUUUGCAGAUGUCUUCAGGUGUCGCCCCACAGUUAGCAAAGUGUGAAUGUGUUUGGCUUUUAAACCUUUUGCUUAUGACAUUUAUGCGAACACAAAUGGGAACCAAAGUUAAUAUGCCCUACACAAAUAAUAAAGUAAGUUUCUGAAGAAAUAGAAGAGUGGAUCUGAUCGAAAAUAAGUAAAUGAAGCCAGUUAGAAUAUCACACUCGAUUUCAGAAAAGCUAAUUCGGUGAGUUGAGGUCGUUUAUAUAGGACAGAAUUUCCACCACUGAUGAGCUGCUGUGUGAGCUGGAAAAUAAAGCGAACACAGAAUGAAUAUAAAUACGGAUCGAAGAAAGAAGCAUAAAAUGAAUUUUUUUGUAAAUAAGUCAUCGCAAAUACCGUUUGCAUAUAUAACAAGGCGACCAAAAACGUUCUCUCGUAAUUAAUCAUUUUCAUAAUUGUGUGUGGGUUAGGAUACCAUGGCCUUCAGACCGAAGCGAUUAGUUUUCCUAGGGGACUACUCCUCGAGCAUCUAACUUAAAGGUCUAGUCCAGAUAGUAGUAAAGAAACGUCUGGGAAAGCAAUCCUAUGCUAACCAAUGACCAAGAAUAUGUUCACACUCUAUUCGACCCUUCAGGAUCCUGCAGAUCAUGUGCACCAUCGAUUUGAUAUCAGGGUUUUUCAACCCCUGUAAGUGGAUCAUCUGUAGUCAAUAACCCCAAAUACCCUGGUACGGCCGAAAGUGUGGAGAGUUCCCUCUCCCUCUCGAAAUAAUCUCACCCGGCCACGCGUAUAUAGCCUCUGCCAGGGAAGUCCUACUCACUGCCUUCUCGUGGUGGGGGUGAUGUUUACGAAAUUCAGAGGACGAAAAGCGAAUGUCUGGCGCUUUAACCUGGUUGGUGGACAUGGAGAGUCCACACAGGGAGUUGGAAAACCCUGAUUCCAAACCAAUGGUGCACGUGAGCUACAGUAUCCUUAAGGAACAAAUGGCAUAUGAACCAGUCGUUGGUCACCGGCUACCAUGGGACUGCAUUUCCUUGAGUUGCUCCAUUGCCUUACGGAUAAGAACUUUACGUCAAAGGAACUGCGACUCUUGAAGCGCUACAAAUCACAAGAUCCAAAUGAGUUAAUUCCAGCCUUUCUCAAAAAAUUUCGCGACUUUCUGGUUAACGAGCUGACUGAAUUAUUUACAAAGGUCUGGUAAUUAGAGAGUGUUCCAACAUGAAAUGAGUCGAUGGAUUCACGUCGUUUCUGCAACAACUAUCGGAGGAUAAGUCCACUUCCGAUUACGUCCAACAUAUUAACUUUCGUCAUACUUCGUAGAUUGUUCAAAACACGAGAAGGAUUGACUCGAGAGGAGAAUGCUGGUUUCCCUUCUGGUCGAGGAUGUAGUGAUCAUGUAUUCACCCUCCGCCAAAUAUUAGAACACCGUCAUAAUUAUCCCAGGCCAACAAUCGUAGUGUUUCAUGACAUUAGGAUCCCCUUCGAUUCGUUGAACAAGACUCUCCUCUGGGACUGUCUAUUGAAGAAAGGUGUAUCUGAGAAGUUUAUUAACAUCUUGAAGGCACUAUAUACUAACACCUCGGACAGAGUGAGCUCAUACAACAACCUCUCUCCAUUGUUCUAUCCAAGUAGUUUGUUUAGGCAGGGUCACUCAAUCUCACUAUUCCUCUUCAACUUCCACAUCAUGACGUUCCGAAAACAACUCUGAUGGAUGUAGGUAAUGGUGGUGUGGAUCUGUUGCCUGAAGAAAAACUUCUCGACCUUGCGUAUGUGAAUGAUAUUGUGUUACUGUGCGAUGACACCCAAACCACACAAUCCGCACUUAAUCGGUUGGCAGUCAAUGUCCGUAGGUACAGCUUGUGCUUUGCACCUUCCAAGUGCAGAGUACUUUUAUAAGACUAAUAGGACCCUGAGCAUGCACUCACCCUAGAUGGUGAGCAGAUAGAAGUGGUUACGAAGUCCGUAUACCUGGGUAGCUGAGUAAGUUCUGGUGGUGGUGUGAGUGAUGAGAUCAAUCCACGUAUAGUGGAGGCCAGAGCGGCUUAUGGCAAUCUGGGUCUUCUUUGACGCCUUUGUGAUAUUAGUCUGGUUGUAAAAUGUCGGAUCUACGACGUGUCGAUGAGAGCAGUUUUGCUGCAUGCUUGUGAAACCUGACCUCUCCGAGUUGGCUCAGAAUAGAAGCUAGUGGUGAUUCUGCUUUCACUUUCUUCACAAAAGUGAAUGUAACUUCUUUAACUUGAAGAAUUCCUUCUGCUUUUCCAAUUAUUAUUAUCAUUGUUCCACUCUCAUACACUGAUUUCUGUUCAUCGUCGUUCUCCUUUUAUUACACGCACUUUACAUUCUCUAUCUCUUCACGACCUCAUUGUUAUUGUGUAGUGCAUAUGUAUUUGGUGCCCCCUUGUACUAAUGUUUAUGUGUUCAAAUAAACAAAUGAGUAAGUAAACGAACAAUUUUUAGUUCACUAUCAUGUAAUGAUCUUCUACAUGAAAUCAUGCUGUUGAAAUUGCUUUACCCCAACCCCAACAUGUAGAUCCUAUUUAUCAUCUUGUGAAUAGGUUUCAAAUAUAUUUCGUUAUUUGUUUCUGUCUUUUUUCCUACUUCACAAGCUACAUGGCCUCAUAUUCUGUUAGCAUUAAAAGUGUAUUAUUUUUGUGGUAAUCAUACUCUAUUCAUCAAAUAUUUGUUAAUGAAGGCAAGAUAUAUUUUGUUUUUUACCGAAGUUAUUUUCUCUACAAUUAUAAACACUGUUAGUCAAAAUUUUUCAACGUUAUCAGUACUUUUGAAAUUCCAGAGUUUUAUUAUACCACUGCUUGAACAAACUCGAUUACAAUACAAACGAUAUAAAGCUGAACGAAUGAAACUAUAUCCGUGUAUUUUAAUGGGUUCCGAAUAUUAUGAUAAACAGGAUUAUGAUAAGGCUCUCAGUUGCUAUUUAAGCGUAAUCAAUGAAUAUCGUAGCGAAAAAUGGUGGUCUCUCUAUACUUUCACACUGAAGCGAAUUGCAACAUGCGCAUAUUUGAUAGCUCAGCCCACAGUUUUUCUAUCCUCAUGUUUGGAACUUCUUGGACCCAAUAGCUUGUUGCCUCUCUGUGAGAAAGUACAAGUUCAACAAGCAAUUUUUGAUUUCCUUAAGACCGGAGUUCCUAAUCUCAUAAUGUUUUCACCUGAGCUUGAUCAUACCAUAAAAACUAUCGAAGAUGGGUGGAAGAAACAGUUAGACUUAUUAAUACAACAUACUUCGAAUGCUCAUUCGGACGUUGCACACAAUGAAUCGGUCAGUGAGAACAAAGUGGAUAUCGAGAAAAAACCACAAAGUUCAACCGAUUCACAUUUUGAUGAAAAGUAUAGAAUUUCAUUGGACAUUACCCGAGUUAAUGCAUGUAUACAAUGCAAAGCUUGCUUUUCACAACCAGCAUAUACUUUUGGUCAACCAGUUCAAUUGGCUGUUUUCUUACGGUCCUUUGCUCCUUUACCCAUCCUUGUUCACCAUGUCACUGUGACUUUUUCUAACAAGGUCGAGUGUCCAACUUCUUCACUUAAUACACCACCUAGUACAAUAAACAAACCUUUAAUAGGAAAUUUUUCAACUCAUCAGACACCGCAAACAUGGUCAUCUAAGUUUAUUCUGGAUUCAAAAGAAAAAUUCAAAGUGAUUCUGUUAUGCCUUAAUCCAGACGUACUAGGUAACCAAAUUAAAGUAAGAUAGUAUGUACAUACCACUUAUUUUGUUAGGAAUUUUGUAUUAGAAACAUUAAAAACUUGUAUCUCAUAUUUCGAACUUUUCAUCCUUUUGAUACUUACUCGACUCGAAAUAAUGUAUUCUCAAGCUAAAAUCAGACGUAUGUGCAAUUAGUAUGUUGAAACUGGUUACUUAGCUACAUCUGAAGAAACGUUUGACUUUCCUAUCUUUGUGUCCACGAAUAUCGACUGUACACCGAAUACUACAGCAGUUUAUUAGUUAUAAAUUACUCUUAAUACGCUUUGAACUGCAAGAAAAAAACGCCGUACCCUAUUAAUUGAUAGAGUAACGACUACAACUACGACAGUUUAAGCAACUUAAUUGAAACGUUAUAUACAAAAAUGGAGAAGUUAAUUACAUUUCCUUAAUUAUUAGCAGCUCUAUCCAAAAUGUAAUAGUUGGGAAGUACAUCAGAAGUUACUAUACAUGGGUUGGUACAAACAUUUUUAUGAUUUCCUUGAUUAAUUGCCAUUUUUUAAUCCCGUCAAUAAACUGCUGUUCCCACGUCUCAAGGAAAGAAAGCUAUAAAAAGUAUUUCAACCUUUCUUUUUAACAGAUUCCCAGUUUAUGGUUCUGUAAAUUAAGAAACAUUUCUGUUUGACAACCAGUUCUGUUCUUUAUUUUUAAUAGCGCCGCUCUGUAGAAAAACUACAACUGUAUACUUUAGUUUUAAUUUUUCAUACAGAGAGAAAAUUGCCUUACUAACGAUACUAAUGUUGUAAGUAAUUGACCAUCUUUAAGUAAUAUUUUGUUUUUACCGAGAUAUAAUUUUCGAUUAGAUUGAUGCAACAAAUUGCAUGUUACUGUGUGAUUUUAAAGAGAACGUACAUGAGGUCUUAAAACUUUUGAAUCUCUAUGUCUUUUAUAGUGAUUACAUUUUAAAAAAUAGAGCCAUGUUACAAUAAAGGAACAAAUACAUUUAUUCCUGAUUUCCAUUUGUAUCGAUUGUUUACUCCGUAAAAUGUGAUUGACUUUUAAUAAGCUCUCUCUUUUUCACUAGGUUGAUUCAAUUCAUUUGUGUUUAUCACCUCCUAUGGUCAAUUGUCAUAAAGAUAUUAUUAAUGAAUUAAUAUUGUGUACAGUUUCAUGGCAAUGGAAUACAAAAUCAGAUUAUCAUCCUUACGUAAGUGGUCGUAAAACUAUUGGUCAUAAACAUCAUAAUCUAAAGAAACAGCAUGAUGUGUUACAUGAUAAUAUGAAUACCAUUAGUAAUAAUAAUUGUGGUUUAUGGUGCAAAGAGGUUGUUCUUUCAGUGCCAGAACGUCGAAUGCAGAAAAACCCUAUUAAAAUUGAAUCCAAUGGAUUCAUAAUUAAUCAUGGAUUUCCUAACCUUCCACCAGACUGGGAUAUUAUCGACAGUCGAAUUCGAACAGAGUAAGUUUUACGUGCUCCUAAUUAAUUACUUAACGCAUAAUUGAUAAAUUCACAUCAUGGAAUAGUUAAGUUAUAUUAUAAGAAAUCGACCUUGUCACAAAAUACUAGCAAUUUUAUUUACUAUCUAGAUAACCAUUUUUUCGAUUCUAAUAGUUGCUUUGAAAUGUACCUUCAAAUAAAGUUUCGUUUUCUUCUAGUCGAUGUUUAAAUGUGUCUUGUUUACGAUUCAUGCGCAACUGGCACUAAUAUAUAAUGACAAAGUCUGUGAGUUUUAUCAUUCAAGAAAUACCCAGUUUUGAUAUGAAGUUGGUUGUAAAACAUUCAGUUUAUACUGAUCUGAUCUACUAAUAACACUUGCCUCUCCAUCAUUGAAUUAUUUUGUUUAAUUGAACUUCAUUUGUGGAAUUUAUGCUUUAGAAUUAAUUGGAUUUUUCGAAUUCGAGAUUUUGAGCGGUUACACAUUAGCUCAUAAUUCUUGGCUUUAAAACGUCUGUUCUAUUUGGUUGUGUCAGUCAUCAUUAACAUCAAUGUAUAUCAGUCUAAGUCUGUACAUCUCUCAGCACAAUAAAAAAGGAAGCCCUAACGCUAAUUAACGGAUCGGAAUUCCUAUCAACCCAAAUAUGAGAAAUAAUGGCGUAAAUAAGAUUGUAGAACUAAAAUCACAGAAGGACAUUAAACUCGAAAUGUUAAGAGAAAUGGGGAAUAAUACAUUUCCAACGCCGUGAAUAAUUAUGGGGCAUUUUACCCAACGUCUCCAAUUUUCAUUUAUUUGAUUAAUGCACAUAAAUUGCGAUACAGCCAAAUACCGAAAAUAGACUCCCACACAAAGUACGGCAAUAAAAUUGUUAAGAAAAAACAAAACGGAGGAAUGGGGAGUAUAGUCAAAGAGUAAUGAAAAAUUAAGCAAAGUAAAUGAACGAAAUUCUUAUCAGCUAACAAUAUAACUGAGAAAGAUUUUUUUCCAUUAAAGAAGCUCACCUAACUUUCACGAGGAAUUUGACAGAGUCCUACGUCAGGAUCAUCAUCGGCUUCGAUUUUGACCCACAUCUGAUGCCUAAAACCACUGAAUUUCACUAUCGCACCCCAACCAGCGAGUUGUGAUAAACCGACAGAUCCCAUUCUUAUACGGUUUUCUCUCAUAACUCAGUCGUGUAUUACAAACUGACCACCUCUCCGCUUCUUCUAACCAUUCCGAAAGUCGAUAAAUUCGCUGGGACGACAUUCUUAGCACAUAUCCAAGCCAUCAAAGCCGGUGUUUCAAGACAAUCGCACUAAUUAAGUUAUCGUUGCUAAACCUAGACAUUGCUAACGUGACAUUACUACUGGACGUCAACAGUUCUUCACAGACGACGUUGAUUGAAUACAGUCACCAAAUGUCCUCAACUCAGAGGCCUGCUCCCCUAGCAUAAAACUAACUUGGUCUCACCAAGAUGUAAACACAACGUUUUACAGUCAGACUAAUAUCAUUUGCGAUUGAUGAACGACCUUCAAUACGAAGCUAAAAUUCAUCAACAGCUAGUAACCUUAUGUCUUAAUUCAGUUUGAAAUGAUUUGGAUUUUCCCAUUGUUGAAUUUUGGACUGAAAUUUAAUCAGUCUUGGUUGACAUAUGUGCAUUGCUUUGAUAUACUCAUUAUGACAAGUUAAUAUAAAAUAAAUGAUAUGUGGCCGGCAGCAGAUAACGCGGUGGCCUUCCAAGCGAACGUCAACUCAGAGAUGCAGGUACGUCCAGCCGAUGAGUCCUGAAUAGGACGAAAAUGCAUCUUCGAUCCCACUACCAGUCAUAUCUCAUGUAUUCUACAAUAACUUUAUGGUUGGCUAUUAUAUCGUUGUCUUCCCGCUUCUAACUUUCUUCUAACCUAUUUCUAUACUAGUCAGUAUUGGAUGUCGAGGUAGGUGAGUGAUUAGACUGGCGUAGUGUCCCAACCGUCUCUGUCGACGAAGGUUUAUAACUUUAUCAAUUGACUAAUAUAUUUCACCCAAAGCCCUACGUCUUCCUCCAACAACUUCCACUUUCACAAUAUAUGAGCAGUACUUCGAAUACACCUAUAGUUAAAUAAUUUCAAGUGACACUUGUUUUAUACUUGUACAAGUCAUGUUUCUUAGCCGUACAGCAAUAUAGAAUGGACGUCUGCUUACUGUAAUCGCCGCUUGAUAAACAGACGAACAUAUUUCCUUCAUGAUUGUUUAUUUGUUCAACAACUAAGGAGUAUCAACUCUAGUAGGUGUAUGCUGUAUGCCAACAGACAUCGGAUGUAGUUGGCUCAGCAGGUCGCUAGAGCUCAGGAGUCAGACUUGACAGAUGCUGGGCGGACAUCGGGUUGGAUGGCUUGGUAGUUCGACAUUACUACGGAGAUCAGCGCGCCGGCUGACUCAACAUUUUGAUGGAGAGCGUGACACAAACUACGACAAAGAAGAAAGUGGUACGGCAAGCAGAACAACCACAAGAGCAACUGCCAAAAGGGAAAACGAGUGUGUCGGCAGACAUAAGUAUUGUGUAACACCAAUCAGAAGUGGAAUGCCUGGCAGCAGAAGGUUGAAAAGAUCGAAUUGAAGAGAACGGGAAUGUAAACAGAGAUUUAUUCUAUUAGCAAUGAAGGAACGAUGAAGUUUGAGAUAAUUGAUGGAAGGUUUGUAAAUGAAUUACUCAAUAUAUCGUUUUUCACAUUUUACGACAGAACUCUGUAAUAUUGCACUUAAUAAUAAAUUGGUCUUCCCUACCUUACUGUUUGUUCACUACAGGUACAUACAAUAUUCUUUGUUUUGUUUUCCUUUGAGCGAUUACAGAUUUAUUGCAUUAUUCAGUGAUUAACAUUCAUUGCAUUUUUCACCUGUUCAAGUUGUUUACAAUAUUUACAAUAUUUAAUUAUGUAUUAUAUAGGAUGCAUCAUCCAUCUUCCGGUUUAGAAAUUACUAUGCCAGAGAAUGUUUGUAUACUGGCGAAUGAAAUUUCUCAAAUAAAGUUAACUAUUCGCAAUCCAACACUAAGUGACUGUACUAAACUUAAUUUAACUGUCCGUUUAAUUCCGAGAGAAAAAGAUUCAACCGAAUUUCCUGACAAUGCUAGUAAUACUUCUACCACUGUAUCAACCACAACAGUGAUUACAAAUCCAACUGUAAUAGACAAUUAUAUAAUAGUCGGCAGUUCAUCUGAAUUAAUAUCUCAUAUAUCAGCUAAAAAUAUUAAUUCAUCUCAAAAACCAAGUAGUGCGUAUUUUACAAAGAAGUUAGACGAUAUCCCGUCAAAUCAAUCUAUAUCUGUGACAAUUUCAUUAUGUUGUUCAUCUCCUUCGUUAGUUUCUAAUAAUAAUCAAACACUUUCAUGUUAUUUGACUUUCUCUACUAAAAUUUUACCUUGUGAAUAUCCCGAUUAUUUAUUAUCAUUAUCGGAUUCAUUAACAACAGAAACAACAUUAGUAUAUAAUGUUAUACAUGAAUCUGUGAAAUUAUCUAAUAACAUGGAGCUGUCGAAUAUAAAUAAUCAUUUAGUUCAAAAUAUAAUGGACCAAAAUGCAAUGGUAAUUCAAUGUACUCAGAAUAUUGAAACUAAUAUAACUAUCUUGUCACCAUUUGAAUUAGACUAUAAACUGCUUUCCUUAACACAACAUCCUAUUAAAAGUCUUAUAGUUAACGACGAGUUUUUGUUAUUGUUCAAGUUAACCAAUACAGCUGAUUGUGAACUGGAAAUACAUGAUAUACAGUUGGAAGUGGCUAAUGAGAUAUCGUGUGGAAGUGACUCCCAUAAUACAUGCAUCAAAAACUUAAUUAUGCAAUCCUCAGAAAGUUGUACUGAAUGUCACAUGUUAUUAUUAACAGAAACAAUGAACUCACUCGAAACAAUAAAUCUAGGCUAUAUUACUGUUCAUUGGUCACGGUCAGUGUAUAAUAUUAAUAUUAUAUAUAUUUCUGUUACUGUGGAAAUAGAAUAAGUCGACCGAUAGCUGACAUCUGCCAACAGCACAAAAGUAGUAAAUAUACACCACUUACCAAACAUAUGCUUAAAAAAUGUAACACACUUAUCAUUAGUAAAGAGAUGAGUAAUCUAUAUUCUUCAGUGAAUGUAUAAAUAUUCAUUAUGAACUUAUACAUUUUAAAAUCGAAUAAAAGCAAACCUUGGUAUUAUUUGAAGUUUCGAGUAAUAUUCUCAGUAAAAUACAUAAAGUGUUCUUUAAUAAACCGCCUGACUUGUUAACCUUCGGUGUCUCGGUAACAUUACCAAAGUAGAUUAUCGUUCUUCUAAAUAAUUUUCGAAAUUCUUUCAGAUUGUUCCCACAUACAUUUAUUUAAUGUUGCUAAAUCAGAAUUUUGAAUACUCUUGUGCAGCGCACUACAAAAUCAAUAAUCAUUAUGUCUUUUUUAAUUUUCAGCAUUCAGUUUUCUUAGUAUGACAACCAAAUAGUGAACAUAAUGUUCAUUAUCAUACUUGCCCUUCCUAAUAAUACCCUUAUUUGCCCUGUAGAGUUUGGUUAUAUCAGGUUGUUUUUUUACCUCCUUUUACCUAGUUGGAUUAAAACUUAAUACUGUCAAUGUCCGUGUCCCAUUUGCUAAAUAGAAGAGGAUUUGUAGUUUUUUGUUGUAGGGAUUAAGUCUUCAGUCCCCAUAAACUAGACCUUCAUAUAAUUUUAGAAGCGAUGCAUAUUUCAUGUUUAUUUAAUAACUUAUCGUUCUCUGUAUCUUGUUGAAUAUCGCUAUCAAUGCUUUUGCUGUCGAUGUGAUGAAAAAUGUAUACACUACUUGUUUUCAGAAUAUAUUUAUUGUAACCGAAUUUAGAAUAAAUUCAUUUUCGCGUAUAUUCAUACAACUUAUGUUCAGUUUUAUGCAAUAUGUGUUGAAUCAUCCUGACUUAGACUAAGUGGUAAGUGAAAAAAUACUUACGGACUCACGCUACUGGUUGAAAAUGUUGCUUCAUUUUUCGAGAGAAAAAGAUGUAUAUUUAUGUUUGAGUUGUAAAGGUACUCUUGAUUUGGUUAGCCUUUAAAAGCUUUAUACUCUUUAUUUUCUCACUCAAGUAUACGUUUUAGACAUGCAUAUAGGAAUCGUUUAUAUCAGUAGCAAACUCAGACAACCUCAGUACAUACUGGUACGUUUAUUAAAUUGAAGUAGAAUCAAUGUUUCUAGAUAACCCACUUAUUCUCUCCCCCCCCUCUUUUUAUAGUGUGUCAACACGUGAUCAUGAUGAUAUGAAACCGUAUAUUGCAACGACAAAAUUCACCUUACCGACUAUUCCGGUUUUAUCUUUACCUAUUCAAAUUAGUGCUGAACUUCCAGCUUAUGGUGUUAUGCUCACUCCAUUUCCAAUCACAUUUAUUUUAUCUAACAAAACUAUUUAUCCACAGGAGGCUGUUUUUCAAUUAGAAUCGAUUCAUGGUUUUAUGUUUUCUGGUCAACAAAAGCUGAAGUUACGAUUACUGCCUGACUCACCGCACUACUUGAAUUAUACACUACUUCCACUGAUGUCUGGAAAUUUGAAGUUGCCUCGUUUACAUGUUAUGUUAGAACGUUAUGCUACGUUAACAUCAAACACGCAAAAUGAUCAACCCGAUAUACACAUACAAUUAGAAGAAAAUCUCCUACGACAAGUUCCAACACAUCUGAUAGUAAUUCCAUCAACGGAUGGAUUGUUGGAAUCGUCUGAGAAAAAUCCAACAUUCAAUCAAGAAGAGAUUAAAAAUGUGUAACAUGAUAUAUAUAUAUAUAUAUAUCUGAAAAUAUUCUAUCUCACUGUUGUUUCAAAAAUUUUAGUUGCCUUUUUUUAAAAAGCCUAAAGAUGAGCUUGUUUCAUUUGUUUGUUCUAAGUAACUUCUUAUUCCCUGACUUCUUUUGUUUAUUAUUAUAACAAAGCAUAAAUACCUUAAUUUUUACUUUCAAUAAUGAAUUCUCCAAAACUUUCGUCCCAUCUCUUUCCCUUUUUUUAUUCUUUGCAAGUAGAAAUGCAUCAUUUUUGGAAUGUUUUUUGUAUCAUAAUUUCUUUACUUCCAAAUAAAUCAGU